UAUUGCUUCCUCUGAACAAAGGGGAGAAAAAAAUCUAAGACAUGCAGAAUUGUAAAUACUACCUGCCCGAGAAACCAUGGCUCAUCGGCAUGGCAAUCGGCGGUCUAAUAAUCGGCUGGAUGAUGCUAUCCGGCUUCAUCCACUUCGGUGAGACCACCUUCCUCUGCUCCUUGGCCAGCUCUACAGCUCGUGAAAAGGCGAAGUAUGAGGAGACGCCGAUCCAGCUUCAAGCCAUCGUCCACUACGCCACCUCACGAAUCGUUCCACAGCAAUCCUUCGCUGAAAUCUCAAUCACCUUCAACGUCCUCAAGGCUCUCGCACCUUGCAACUUCCUCGUCUUCGGUCUCGGCCAUGACUCUGUCAUGUGGAACUCGCUCAAUCCACGUGGCACCACCGUAUUCCUCGAAGAAGACCCAAAAUGGGUGAAAUCUGUCCUCAAAGACGCCCCUAAUCUCCAGGCUUAUACUGUACAGUACAGGACGCAGCUCCGGGAAGCCGACCAGCUUCUCUCGACGUACCGGACAGAACCGUACUGUUCACCGUAUAAAGCAUAUCUACGAGGUAAUUACAACUGCAAGCUCGCAUUGACUGGAUUACCGGAGAUGGUGUAUGAUAAGGAGUGGGAUCUGAUCAUGAUCGAUGCGCCGCGAGGUUACUUCGCUGAGGCACCGGGAAGAAUGGGGGCGAUAUUCUCUGCGGCGGUGAUGGCUAGAGCAAGGAAAGGAUCUGGUGUGACGCAUGUGUUCCUGCAUGAUAUAGACCGGAAGGUAGAGAAGGUUUACGCAGAAGAGUUUUUGUGCAGAAAAUAUGUGGUAAAUGGCGUGGGUAGGCUAUGGCAUUUUGAAAUACCACCUGCAGCUAACUUGACCACCAAUGGAGGAGGUGACACCGGCGGCGAAUGGUUUUGCUAGAAAGCGGCCUGGCCGACGAUGCCGUUAAAAGAUUUGAGGAGGGACACGUAAGCUUUUUUUUUUUUUUUUUUAAAUGAAGGUUGAAUUUUAGAAAUAUUAAAGGAGGGAUAAGUUGGAUCAAUAGAAGAAAACGUUUCAUGUCAUUUGGAGUUGUAUAGGUAUAUGAAAUCUCUGGAUUCCCAAUUGGAGUGAAAUAAAUGUGGUAAUAAAUUAAAAAACUUCUAAAUAUUUUAUUUACUUUCAUGUUUUAUAUUCAUAAUAAAUUAUUUUGAUGGCACGUGUAGAUGGCUAGACGAGAGUUGCCCAGCCACCUGUUGAGCAGAUCAUAGGUUAAAACUGCUGCCUGGAAUAAUUAAA